AAGACCCUCGUGCUCGAUCUGGACGAGACUCUCAUCCACUCAACGUCGAGGCCGAUCUUGUCGGCGUCGGGAGCUUGCCAUGUUGUGGAGGUCAUGCUUGGAGGUCGUAGUACGCUCUACCAUGUCUACAAGAGGCCGUUUGUGGACUAUUUUCUGAGGAAGGUGUCUACGUGGUAUACGCUCGUUAUAUUCACGGCGUCUAUGCAAGAGUAUGCCGAUCCUGUCAUUGACUGGUUGGAUGCUGGCAGGGGCAUCCUGACUCAUCGGUUCUUCAGAGAGUCAUGUACACAACUGCCAAGCGGGUCGUACACAAAAGACCUGUCCGUCGUCGAAGCAGACCUGGCCCGAGUUUGUCUCAUAGACAAUUCACCAGUAUGUUAUAGUAUCAACGAAGCAAACGGCAUACCCAUAGAGGGAUGGACGAAUGACCCGCACGACGAGGCGUUACUGGACCUUCUGCCCGUCCUUGAUUCACUUCGCUUUACAAGCGAUGUCCGGCACGUCUUAGGGAUUCGUGGUUUCUCAUGA